UAAUAGUGUUAUUAUUAUUACGUAUAUAGUAGUAGCACCAGUUUAAAAUUAGUUUGCACAAAAACAAGUGUAAUUACUAAUUAACUAUGAGUGUGGAAAAUGAACAAACAAAACGCAGUUUCGAAAGUGCAUUAGAUUUAACGACUUUCGGCAAAUACAACUUGUGCAUGCUGGCGACAUGCUGCCUGCUGAUCAUCGCCAUGUACAUCGACAUCUUCAGCUUCUCCGUCACGCUGCCCAUCAUCGCGUGCGAGAUGGACCUGUCCACCUCUCAGCAGGGCCUGCUGUCUGCCGUGCCCCUGAUCGGGGUGAUGUUCUCGUCGUACAUCUGGGGGUUCAGCGCGGACACGCUGGGUCGGCGGGCGUCGCUGCUGCUGGCGAUGCCUGUGGGGAUGCUGCUCAACCUCGCCGCCAGCCUCGCACCCACUUACAUCGCUCUGGCCUGUCUCAAGCUGUUCUCAGCGUGUUUCACAUCAUCAGCGAACGCAGCCGGUUUCGUACUUCUAGCUGAGAGUGCGCCGGACAAGUACAGGAGCAAGUUCGUGUUCCUCAUGGCCAGUGCUACUCUGUUAGUUCAGUUCGUCCUGUGCUUGGUAGCCCUACCAGUUCUGGACAUGUCCUUCAAGGCGUACAUCUCUUGGCUCUCGUUGACUUUCAGCCCGUGGAGGCUGCUCAUGGUUAUCACGUGUGCUCCAGGAAUCAUUGGGAUUCUGGCUCUAAUAUUCCUCAAGGAGAGCCCGAAAUUCCUCCUAAGCAAAGGUCAUGACGAAAACGCUAUGAACGUACUGAAAACCAUAUACAAAUGCAAUACAGGCUCACCUAAAGAGAGUUUUCCGGUGUCAUCAGUUUUUCUGGAAGACAAUACAAAACCGUCGGAUAAAAACUUGUUGAUCAAAAUAUGGGACCAAACAGCGCCACUGUUCAAAAGACCGUUGCUACGAAAUAAUCUUUUGGUUUAUUUCAUGUUACUGUGCUCAUUUAUGAUAUCAACUGGUUUUACAAUGUGGGUACCAACCAUGACAAAUGCAUACUUUACCAACGAGGACAGCUCGGGCAAAACAUUCUGUGAAGUAGCCAGCACGGCUGCCUCCUCCAGAAACGGCACGCCAAUCGAAGACUGCGACACAGCUGUGAAGCAUCUAACUUUGUACGCUGUGAUAUUCUACUCUGGAUUCUCUGGCAUUCUGAACGUACUUCUGACGUUCGUUGUUGAUCCUCUUGGCAAGAAGAGAACAACUAUCUUGAUCUUCGCAAUAGCUGCCGUGUGUGGAGUAAUUCUUUUGUUCGUGCGCAUCCCACUUCUGAGUAUUGCGCUAUUCUUUGGCUUUCUAUACAUAUCUUUAAAUCUCGGCAAUGCAAACACAUAUUUGAUCGAAAAUAACCCUACUCAUUUGAGAGGCAUGGCGACGUGUUUGUCGGUAGUGGUGGCUCGAGGGUUUGGAUUUCUGAGCGUCCAGGUCAUAGGAACUCUCCUCGCUGACAACUGCACUCCCAUGCUUAUUGGAUACGUCAGUCUUUUAGUUUGUGGAUUGGGGGCUGCUUUUCUACUACCGUCAGAUAACAAUUUGAAAAAUAGCAACAAAUAGGUAACAAAGUAUGAUCAAGAUACUAGUACAGUACAGU